AUGUCUCGCACGAGCACAUCAAAGGAUCACGGGCACAAGGUCCCCGUGUUGCCCUGCUCCCAGCCAUCGGAUCACACUACAACUGUCCCGGCAUCACGCAAGACUCCCAGCCCUGCCAGCCACAACAUGUGGUCGAAGAGGUCAUCCAAAGUUGAACGAGACAUAGAGAAGAACCGCGACUACUGCAGGGUUCUGGCCCGACGACCCGACUAA